AUGUCUGCAAGUGCAACAAGCGGAUCGGUACGCCAACCUAGCGGCUCCGCAGGGUCUCAGAGCUCAAUUCCCGCAAUCACUGAAAGUACGCUAUACUCUACGACAAGCUUCAACUUCUCAGCCGGGACAAGCACGUAUUUGCCACUCACGGACUUCUCGAACGAGCAACUUGCCUUUCUGUGGGAUCAAGUCGGCCCCCGUCAGACCGCAGCGAUCACCACAACGGUCUCGCCUACUCCUGAGCCCUCGGUCUUCCCCAAACCCGGCAAUUUACACGGUCUUGUUCCGGCAUAUCUUCAAGAAGUCGCAGACGCCAAGCUCCUCGAUGACUUUCUCUGGGGUGUGGCUUCCGCAGCCUUCCAAGUCGAGGGCGCAGUCGAUGCCGAAGGCAAAGGGCCGUCAGUGUGGGAUCUGCUACCGCACCGCUGGGCGAACUCGAUCGCGGACAACACGACUGGAGACAUCACUGCCAACAAUUACUACCUCUAUAAGCAGGACAAUGCGCGUCUGAAGGCUCUUGGUAUCCAAUCAUAUAGCUUCAGCAUCGGCUGGGCCCGCAUCUUCCCAUUCGGCAGAGGGCCAGUAAAUGCACAGGGUGUCACUCACUAUGACGACCUAUUUGCCAACCUCAUGGACAACGACAUAAAGGCAGUAGUCACCCUGUUUCAUUGGGACACUCCGCUUGCCCUCUUCAAUAGCUAUGGGGCAUGGACGAGCGAGGACAUCGUCGAAGACUACUUCAACUACGCAAAGUACGUCAUUACCCGCUACGAUAAGUAUGUCACGGCCUGGUACACUUUCAACGAACCACAGUACUGUAACUGGCGCUUCUCCACCUACCCAUACGGCACAAUCUUGCCUGAUUAUAAUGGCAUCGGCGUGGGAGGUGGUUUACGCGCUCGCUUCUUGUGUGGUCACUACACGCUGCUGGCGCACGCCACGGUCUAUAAGUGGUACAAAGAGGUGUUCGGCGGCACUAAGCCCAUGACUCACAAGACUUCUGCCAACUACAUCUUGCCCAACAGUUCUUCCGCAGCUGACGCCGAAGCCGUGACCCGCCAGUACGACUUCGAUAUCGGCUGGUUCGGCGGUAUGUGGACCAAUGGCGACUACCCAGCUUCACUCAAGUCUACGCUGGGCGACCUUCUCCCCACUUUAACCGCGGAUCAAAUGGCCCUUAUCAAAGGCUCGGGAGACUUCUACGCUCUUGAUGGCUACACCGCAAACUAUGCCGCCGCGCCUCCCAAUGGUAUCGCCGCCUGUGCCGCGAACAGGUCCGAUCCGAACUUUCCAGAGUGUUCCAUCACGUCGCCGCUGCAGCCGGACGGCUUUCCAGAGGGCCCAAACGCGGACGCUGGCGCAUCAUGGCUAUGGAGCACACCACAGGCUAUUCGGCCCUUCUUAAGCUUCAUCACGAAAGACUAUUUUCCGACAGUCCCGUCCAUCGUAGUGUCAGAGUUUGGCUUCGCAGACCCGUGUGAAGCGUCUUUCAACAGCCCUUCGCAGAUCUUGUGGGACCUUCGCCGCGCAGAUUAUAUCCAAAGCUACCUUGACAACAUCCUUGCUGCUCGGGUGCUUGACGGUGUCAACGUGACCGGCGCCUUCGCUUGGGCUAUCUACGACAAUUACGAGUGGAAUAGUGGCUUGGGUACUAGGUUCGGCCUGCAGUAUAACAACAUGACAAGCCAAGAGCGCUACCCCAAGGCUAGCAUGUUCCAAUUCCUGAACUGGUUUCAGACACACGGCACGCUCGGCAGUGGUGCUGCGAACAUCACUGCUCCCGUUGGGAAGGUGAAAAGGGAGUCGGCGUUUGGACAGCUGUAG